UUCUGUACCAGAAGUAGAAAUGAUAAAGAAAAUACAGAGCUGUGCCUUCCACAAAUCCAUUUGUUGCUGCUGCUGGUCCUUCUGUGGCAUCUUCUACAAAUCCAUUUCAGACCAAUGCCAAAGGAGCAAUAGCGGCGACCUUUGCACUGCGUCCAUGAGCAUGCCCACGGGGUUCAGCACACCUACCCCCUACAGUCUUCCCACCAGCUUUAGCGGCAGCUUCCAGCAGCCAGCCUUUACGGCCCAAGCAGCUUUCCCUCAACAGACAGCUUUUUCUCAACAGCCCAAUGGUGCAGGUUUUGCAGCAUUUGGACAAACAAAGCCAAUGGUAACCCCGUUUGGUCAAGUUGCAGCUGCUGGAGUAUCUAGUAAUCCUUCCAUGACUGGUACACCAACAGGACAGUUUCCAACAGGAAGCUCAUCAACCAACCCUUUCUUAUAGCCUUACAUAGACACUUUACUGGAACGAACUUUUAUGUGGUCACAUUACAUCUCUUCACCUCUUGCACUGUUGUCUUCUUUCACUGAUCCUAGCUUUAAACACAAGAGAAGUCUUUAAAAAGCCUGCAGUGUACAUUAAACACCAGGUAAUAUGUGCAAAACAGAGGGCACCAGUAACAAGUUUUAACCUGUGAAUUGGCAGAAAAAGGUAGCGGUAUCAUGUAUAUUAAAAAUUGGCUAAUAUUAAGUUAUUGCAGACACCACAUUCAUUAUGCCGCAGUGCUGUACAUGUUUUUCUUAGAAAUUAGCUAUUUGUGCAUAUCAGUAUUUGUAACUUUAACACAUUGUUAUGUGAGAAAUGUUACUGGGGAAAUAAAUCAGCCACUUUUAAGGUGCUGUCAUGUAUCCUGGAAUGAAUGACCUAAAAUCAUUUUAACCGUUGUUCCUGGAAGGUUACAAAGUCAAAAUUGGAAGGUUUUAUUCAUUCUUGAAUUUUUCCUUUCUAAAGAGCUCUUCUAUUUAUACAUGCCUAAAUUCUUUAAAAAUGUAGAGGGAUACCUGUCUGCAUAAUAAAGCUGAUCAUGUUUUGCUACAGUUUGCAGGU